AUGAUGAAUAUCAAUCAUGAAUCAGACGACGACGACGAUGACGAUGAUGAUGAUGAUUUAGAAUUAUUAAAAACACUCUCUCAACUACAUGGUAUUAUUAAUACUACUACUCAAUCUUCUGAAGAAAAUAAUCAUUUGGAGUCUCAACUGUCAUUUUAUGCUUCGAGUAUUAAUAAUGAGAAAAAUUCUUUUGACUCUUCGCCUAAUAAUCUAAUAAUAAAUGGAAAUGAAACAGAAUUAUCAAAUAAGAAAAGUCAAAAUAGUAGGCUUUUGAUACGACCAACUCCCUAUGUCAAUGAGACGAUAAUAAAAACCGACGACGAACAGGAAGAAAAAAAUGAGAAAAAAAAUGUUAUUUUUUAUAAAAAUCUUAAUGAUGAUGUUGGUAAUGCAUCGUCAACCUCUCCUAUUUUAUUAAAUAAUGAUUCACAUUCUACUCUCGUUAUUGUCGACCCUGAUACAUCCUCUUCAUUACCUAACUUAUUAUUGUCAAACGACGACAACGAUUCAACAUUAUUCACAAAUCAAUUGAUUACCGACGAUCUGCAAAUAUCAAAUACAAAAUCAAAUAUGAAUAAUUUACCUAGUAACGAUCUUCCCGAUCAGACAACAUCAAAUCUAUUUGAUCCAUUUGCUCCAAUAAUAACAACAGCAACAACAACAACAACAGCGCCAGCAGUAAACACAACAGGAAUGUUUGAUGACACAUUCCAUCACUCACAAAGUACGAAUAUAAAUGAAUUUGAAACACAACCCGAUUUUUCAUCAUCAUCAAAUCUAUCUUCAACACAACCAUUAGCUAAUUAUAAUUUUGAUGAUCUAUGGGAUCAAUCAGUAUCUCAUAUUACAUCAUCAAAUAACCAUGAAAUUCAAUCAGAUAAUGAUAUUAAUCCAAAUACAUUCGCAUGGGAUGCAUUGGUUAAUAAUAACAAUGAAAAAACAAAUCCAUUUAAUGACAAAACAAAUGUACCAACAUCAAAUAUAACAUGGAAUUCUUUAUUUGGUUUAGAAGAACAACCACAACAACAACAAGAAGAAAAACAAGAAGAUAAAAAUGAUCUGAAAAAUUUCUUAAAUUGGAUUAUUAGCCAUUUAGAUGAUUCAAAACCUUCAAUUGAAUUUACUUCAAUACAUAAUCUUGAAAGUAUUAUAAACGAUAUUCAUAUGUGUACAUUACCAUUUACACCGAUACCAUCUCCACCAUUACACAUUGAUCAUACAGUUACAAAUCCAAUGAUUAAUGCAACUCAUCAUGAAUUAUUUCCAAUUGAUGAAACCGAACAACCAAAUGUAACACAAGGACAACAAUCAAUGAUAUUAUAUGAAGAAGAAGAAGAAGAUGAAGGUGAAGAAGAAGAAAAAUCUAGUGAAUUAUUAUCUAUUGAAAAUUCAAUUAAACCAAUAGCUGAAAAUUUUGUUUCAAAUGUUUUACAAACAGCCUUACAUGAAGUUCAUGAGCCUAAUCAACAAGUCGAACAUUUGGUUGAUCAAAUAUUAGCACAAGCCGUAUUUGACGUUUAUAAUACAGAUAUAAAUUUAUCAGAAACUGAAAAAAAUGAUCCUUUACCAAUAGAAAAUCUUGCAACAAUUAUUAGUUGGCAUGAUCAAACAAAAGCAACGAAUAAACACUUACCUGAUCCUUUUGAUCAAAAAUUUGAUAGUGUUUGGAGUAGUCAUUUUGAGGCACCAGAUGAUACAACGAAUGAAAAUUUAUUUGAAAAUCAAAAUCAAACUGAAACUGAAAAUGAUAUUGAUCCAUGGUUAAUAACAAAAACAGCAACAACAACAACAACUGAACUUGAUCCUAUGGUACUUUUUUCUAAAACUUUUGAUGAAACAGAUUUAUUUUCUUCUGCAACUAAUCCAAUAAAUAAUAUUCCAGAAACAGACGACGAUGAGACUGGCACGCUUAGUGAAUAUGUGCCACCGCUAUUAUUAACAAAUCCUGCUAACGCUGCUAUGGCUACUAAUAAUUUGAUGAAAUAUACAUUGACAGCACCUGUCAUAGAUGAUAGCGGUGAUGACAGUUCUACUAUUGAAGAUUAUUUUUCUACACGCAAGAAUGAUUCAUCUAUAACAACGAAUGCUAAAAUUAAUGAAGAACCAGCUGCAGACAUAGAAGAUAUAACAUGGAGAGAACAAGAAGAAAUAGAAACAAAUGAACAAGAAAAUUUCUUUUCGAAAAAAGCACGUCUAUCACAAUUUGAAGUAUUUGCAAGUGAUCAACCAUUAAAUUCACCGGAGAUUGAAUCAAAAUUUUCUAAUAUAAAUACACAAUUUGGUAAUGAUUUCAACGAAUUUUCACAAUUACAACAAUCAACUGAUGAUAAUGCAGCAUGGAUAUCAGUUGAUAAAUCAUCUGAAAUGGUUAAAUCGAAUAAUUUUGGUGAUAAUGAACCAUGGGAAUUAGAAGAUCAUGGUGAAGAAAAAAUAACACCAGUACCAACAACAAUGCGACUAUCUGCAUUUAAUGACAACGAAUUUGCAACGAAUGAAAAACGUAAUUCACAAAAUAAUUUUUUUUCAGACUCUUUUAAUCCACCAACAUUUACCGAAAAUGAUUCAAAUAAUAAUAAAGAAAAUUCUCCUGAUCAUUUUAUCAAAAAACAAACAAAUGAAGAUAUUGAUCAAUCAAUACCUAAAAGUGUACGUUUUGAUGAUCGUAUACAAAAUAUACGUAGUCCAACACCGCCAACAGAUAUUCUUAAUGAAUCAAAAUCAUCAACAAAAAGUGAUUCAGAUGAUAUUGAUAUCGAUGACAUUAGUCCAAGUUUCGAAACAGGUAAUGAUCAGAUUACUGAUCAUACAAUGGAAACAAGCUAUGUCAAUGUUGAUACAACAGAUGUAAAAGCUGAACAUUCAUAUAAAUCAAAUGAAUUACCAUCUCAUACUCGAUUAGAAAGUGAAGAUUUAUCUACAUCAUUAACAGAUAAAACAAGUAAGUAG